AUGGUAUUCGACAAUAUCAACAGGGUCAGCAUUACUACAAUAAGUCGCAUCCUACAGAAACAUAACUUCAGAAUGAAGCAGCUGUACAGGGUGCCAUUUGAGAGGAACUGUGUCAGGGUCAAGGAUCUGCGCCAUGAUUAUGUGCAGACAGUUCUGGAUUUUGAUGCCGCCGAACAGCCACAUGAGUUCAUCUAUGUGGAUGAGGCAGGCUUUAAUCUGGCCAAAACCAGGCGUCGAGGCCGUAACAUAGUUGGACAAAGGGCUAUUGUAAAUGUCCCUGGGCAACGUGGGGGAAAUAUCACCUUGUGUGCUGCAAUUAGUGUCCAAGGAGUCCUGCAUCAUCAUGCCACUCUAGGUCCCUACAAUACAGGACAGAUCAUUGCAUUUCUAGAUGCACUACAUGCAGUUGUGCAGGACAGACCACAGCAGCCCAGGUUUGUUGUUAUCUGGGAUAAUGUUAGUUUCCACCGGGCUGCUCUGGUCCAAGAUUGGUUCACCAACCAUAACAAUUUCACACUUUUAUACCUGCCGCCUUACAGCCCCUUUCUAAAUGCAAUCGAGGAAUUCUUUUCAGCAUGGCGGUGGAAAGUCUAUGAUCGGCAACCACACGCCCGCAUGCCUCUUCUGCAAGCAAUGGAAGAGGCAUGUGGUGACAUUGAGGUGGGAUCCAUCCAAGGGGGGAUUAGGCACACAAGACGAUAUUUUCCCCGAUGCCUAGCCCGCGAGGACAUCGCCUGUGAUGUCGACGAGGUCUUGUGGCCAGAUCCGAACAGAAGGAGGGAUCCAUAA